AAAAAAAAAUUCUCAUCUUGUCGAGUCGGUUCUUCUACAGGUUCUCUCUGGAGUUUCAAAUUUCCUUAGGUUUCCACUCUCUUCUAGUUCUUCUUUUCCUAUUCUUACUUUUCUCUCCCCUUUUCGGUUUCUCUCCAUCUCUUUCUACUUAUCCAUCUCUCCUUCCUUCACAGAUUAUUGCAAGGGUUUGCUCUUCCUUCCUUUCUUUCUUUCCAUUCUUUCUUGUUCUGGUUUUCGCCUUUUGUUCUUGCCUUGAACAACUGAACAAGUAGUUUUCGUUUACGGGUUUGUUCUAUAGUGUGAAGGGUUUUUGAUUUGGGUUAUUUUCCCGUUGUUGAUCUCUUGAGGUUUGAGGGAAAAGCCUUGAAUAUUUAGUUCCACUUGAGCUUCUUCGCUUGGAGUUUGAAAGAAUGGCAACUCUGGCUGAUUCUUUCCUUGCAGACCUUGAUGAACUAUCUGACAAUGAAGCUGAUGUUAUUGAGGAAGAAGAUGUUGAUGCUGGAAAUAUGGAAGAAGAUGUUGAAGGGGAAAUGGCAGACAUAGAAAAUCUUAACUAUGAUGAUCUGGAUAGUGUUUCAAAAUUGCAGAAAACCCAGAGAUAUGUUGAUAUCAUGCAGAAAGUGGAAGAUGCGCUCCAAAAAGGCUCUGAUAUCUCAAAUCUUGGAAUGGUUUUGGAAGAUGAUCCUGAAUAUCAGCUGAUUGUGGACUGUAAUGCUUUGUCAGUUGAUAUUGAGAAUGAAAUCAUUAUCAUCCACAAUUUUAUUCGUGACAAGUACAGGUUGAAAUUUCCAGAGCUUGAAUCGCUUGUGCAUCACCCAAUUGAUUAUGCACGUGUUGUUAAGAAAAUUGGGAAUGAAAUGGACUUGACCCUGGUUGAUCUGGAAGGGCUAUUACCGUCAGCUAUCAUUAUGGUUGUGUCAGUUACAGCAUCGACUACAAGUGGCAAGCCUCUUCCUGAAGAAAUUCUGGAUAAGACCAUUGAUGCUUGUGAUCGAGCUCUUACUCUAGAUGCAGCAAAGAAAAAAGUCCUCGACUUUGUAGAAAGUCGAAUGGGAUAUAUUGCACCAAAUCUUUCUACUAUUGUUGGGAGUGCUGUUGCAGCUAAACUUAUGGGGACUGCUGGUGGUCUUGCUGCAUUAGCUAAGAUGCCUGCAUGUAAUGUUCAGCUUCUUGGUGCUAAGAAAAAAAACCUUGCUGGUUUUUCCACUGCAACGUCACAAUUUCGUGUAGGGUAUAUUGAGCAAACAGAGAUAUUUCAAUCAACACCCCCUUCUUUGAGGAUGCGUGCUUGCCGGCUCUUGGCUUCCAAGUCAACACUUGCAGCAAGAGUAGAUUCCACGAGAGGAGAUCCAUCAGGGAACAAUGGAAGAACCUUACGGGAAGAGAUCCGUAAGAAAAUUGAGAAGUGGCAAGAGCCACCUCCUGCAAAGCAACCCAAACCACUUCCAGUGCCUGAUUCUGAGCCUAAAAAGAAGAGAGGUGGUCGUCGACUGAGGAAGAUGAAGGAAAGAUAUGCAAUAACAGACAUGAGGAAACUCGCAAAUAGGAUGCAAUUUGGUGUACCUGAAGAGAGUUCUUUAGGGGAUGGACUGGGAGAGGGUUACGGAAUGCUCGGUCAGGCUGGGAGUGGCAAGCUGCGUGUAUCAGUUGGUCAGAGCAAACUUGCUGCAAAAGUUGCCAAGAAGUUUAAGGAAAAGCAAUACGGAAGCAGUGGUGCUUCCUCUGGAUUGACAUCAAGUUUAGCAUUUACCCCUGUGCAGGGGAUAGAACUCUCAAAUCCACAGGCUCAUGCACACCAACUUGGCAGUGGAACUCAAAGCACGUACUUUUCUGAGACAGGAACAUUUUCAAAGAUCAAGCGGACCUGAAUCUUCUUGUGUUCAUCCCUCCUUGCCAGUCUGAGUACAUUGAAUGAUGCUAGUUUGAGGGACACUGAAAGUAUUCAACACAUAUCUGUAUAAGGAACUCUUGCUGUAAGAUCCUUAGAUCCAGAUCGCUUUUAAGCAUUAGUUGGCAUUUAA